AUUCGCAUCAAGUCAUGAAGGUGUUUUAGUUUUAGAUGUUUUAAAAUUUUCAAUAUCUACAACAAAGAGAUUUCGUUCUUACUAAAUUUUUCGUACAUAGUGAUGGCAAGUGACUCAAGCUCAGCAGUGCUAGAUCUAAAUGAUGGAGACAUCACAGAGGACACGGAAGCUCCCAGUGUCACUGAUGAUGCAGUUGACGGAGCCCCCUUGAUUAUGGAGCAUGGCUAUGAUAUAGCUGUUAAGGUAGACGCACCAAUGAAACAGCUGUCUACAUUAGAGACGUUUGUAACGUAUCGUGUACGCUGCGUGUGUGCGCGUUGGUCGACUCCACCGUUUGUUAGGAGACGAUAUAAUCAUUUCAAGUUGUUACACCGUCGGUUAUGCGCCGGCGCACCUUUACUGGCGCCACCCGCGUUGCCGCCGCUCCAUUCAGCAAGACAGCAACUGGACAGAUAUCAGCCAGCGUUUGUGCAUAUACGAGCACUGGCAUUACACGCAUUCCUAGAUCGCGUGGCGAAGCACCCCAUUUUAACUCACAGUGAGGAUUUCAAACUAUUCGUCACAACUCCUGAUGAAGAAUUUGAUAAGGUAUUCAAGAGUGAAAACAGUGCAUUAAACUUAUGGGGUCUGAGUAGUGCUCUGUACGGCAGCGGGGAAUCGAAGCCUGGACCCAACGGAGCCAGAGUGCAAGACCCUGAGUUUACAGCAGCAUCGGAGUAUUUACAGUCCCUGGAGCAGAAGUUGACCACACUUUGCUCGCUCACAACUAAACUGUACAAGGGUUCGGUGGCUCUCAGCGGGGAGUAUAUGAGUUUAGGUGUGUGUUGCGGCGGGGGCGCGUGGGGGGGCGCCGGGGGCGCGCUGGCGGGGGGCGCGGCGGCGGCGGGGGGCGCGCGCGCGGCCGCCCCCCUGCGCCACCGCGCCGCGCUGCCCCUGCUGGCGGCGUACGCGCGCGCACACGCACACAAGAUACGACACAGGAACGCGUUACACGCUGCUUAUGUGUCUGGCGGCAACACGGACGAUCUACACAACAAAUUAGAACAAGCCUCAGAGGCCCUCCGUUCAGAACUCUCCGAUUGGAUACCAAAAACACGAGCUGAAGUCAAAUCUCUACUCCUCGAGCUCGCUGACAGACAAGUCAGCAUCCACGCUCAGACCCUGGCCGGCUGGCAACAAGCCCUCAGGCUGGCCACCGGGGCUGAUGUCUCCGAUAUCUUCAAAACAGUCUCCAAGACAGCGGUGCAGAACCUAUCACCAUCCAAAUGUCGACCUGAUACACCAACGGAGAAGGAUUUCGAAGAUCUAGAGAAUUAUAGUGCGGAUGAAUCGGAUCUAGAACGUUCUAGAAGUGAUGUGAACAGUAGUGUUGUGGUAGGAAGUGUUGAAGUGCAUGUGGAGUCGAGUGGUAGUGCUCAAGUGGUGUCGGAAGUGAAGCCUGAAGAGAGAGGAACGGAUCCCCAACAAGAUUUCUCGGAGGUAGAUUUAUCUUGAGUCUGUGAUAGUGUGCUGUUGGAUGUUUUUGAAUUUUAGUACCUCCGAAGGUUUAUUUGGAAUGGUAAGAAUUUGAAAUUUAAUACAGAUUUUUGUUAGUUUUUGCUAAAUUACAAUUGUACACAUAUGGAAAUAGGGAUAUGUCUGAUAAAAUUUAAUUAUGGCAGUUAUUAUAUUAAAAACAUUAAUAACUUUGUAGUCAAUAGAAGUUAGUCUUGUUUAGUCCAUUUUUGUCUCCGGAGAUAACUAGCUAUAUGCAGUCGAGUUUAUUUAUUAUCCAUUUCUGUAAAUAAUUUGACAGUAAAUGCAAUUAAUCUAAAAAAAAGCAUAUCUAUAAACUUUAUACUUAGAUUUUUAAUAGAUU